AAUUGGUUUUUGGAUUAUGAUAUUGUGAAGAUAAGCCAAUGAAGUCAUACUGUUGGCAUUAGGAAGGCUUUUUGUCUGGGACUUGGUUCUUCAUAAAGUCAUUGUUGCUCCGAAGUGCAUUAGUUUGUGUUGUGUAGUUGACCUUUUUUGACGUAGGAUUAUUUUAACUGCCACUUGUUCAUGGUGGAGAAGAGAGGGUAAAUUGAAAUCUUGAUAGUUGUGUCAACUUUGAAGAACGAAAGAAGAUCAGAGAUGCUUUACGUGAGGUACAGGGGCUCAACAGAGCAGCUUGUGGUGGCAUCAAGCCACUGUCUUUCCGUCCACGUAAUCUAAAAUUAGAGCCUUCUAAAUCGCCUAAAAAUUGUAAAGAAAAUUCCGGAAACUCAUUGAAGGAGGAUGAAAACAGAACUGAUUCUAACCAUUGUGAAGUUGUAAAACAAUUAGAGGAGGUUAGUUCUGAUUUAAAAGCAACAGAAGGAUGUUCUUUACCUAUGCAAGAUGACAACCAAACAUCAAUAAAUUCUAAAGUGCAAGGAGAAAAAUUGUUUGAAACAAAAGGAUUUUUAAGUUCAAGGUCAGAUGACAAAGUCAGGUCUGGUUUAAGCUCAGAUUCUACUGUUGCAAAAGAUACCGAAAGUCCAGAGUUUUCACCGGAGGAAAUUCUAAAGUCUUCAUCCCCUCAGGAUAACAGCAAUUAUUUGAUAUUUCCUGAAACAGGAAACAGGAAUAUUUCUAAUACACCAAUUAUCAGUUCUGUGAAAAGUUUAGUUGAAAGUAAUUUGAAAGAGGAACCUUUAAUUGAUAGAAACUGUUCUGUGGAAACUUUUGAUGUAAGUGAUUUUUUAAAUAAUGAACUUUUAGUUGAUAGAAACAGUUCCAUCAAAUCUGUAGGUGAAAGUAAUUUUAAAGAUGAACCUUUAGUUGAUGAAAUAAUUUAUGUGAACACUUUAGUUGUAGGUAAUUUGAAAGUGGAACCUUUAAUUGAUAAAAAAAGUUCUGUGAAAAGUUUAGUUGAUAGUAACUUGAAGAAGGAACCGUUAAUUGAUAAAAACAGUUCUGUGAACUCUUCAGUAGUUAAUGCUUUGAAAGAUGAAUCUUUAAUAGAUAAAAACAUUUCUGUGAAAACAUUAGUUGAAAGUAAUUCUAAUGAGGAACAGGUAAUUGAUAGAAAACAAGUCUGUAGAUUUUUUAGUCGUGGGAAAAUCACAUCAAACAUACCUAAAAGUGCAAUAAAAUCCGAACAAGAAACUGCCAGUCCCCAAUCAAACAUGGAAGGUACUGUGAAAAGUUAUAAAAGUCAGUUGGUCAUUGGAAAUAUAGGAAGUUCUAAAGCUGCCAAUUUAACAUACCCGUCACAUGUGUUCACAAACAAUAAUUCUGAAAAUACAGAUCAGACUCUGAAAAACACGAUGUCAGGAGGUCAUGAGGUUAAAAGAAGUAAUUCCCUCAAAGUUCUUAAAAAGAACCAGCUUAAUCAAGAAAAAAUGCCCAAUGAAGGCGGAACUGUCAUUACUGAAGAAAUUAGACGGAAAUCUUUAGAACCGAGUUUGAUAAAUAAUGGCAAUAUUUUUCCAAAGAGAAAAGAAAGUGGGGCUAUUAUUACUGAAGAAAUGAGACGUAAAUCUUUGGAACCAAGUUUGUUAAGCAAUGGCAAUAUUUCAUCAAAUCGUAAAGAAAGUGGCACUAUUAUUACUGAAGAGAUGAGACGUAAAUCUUUGGAACCAAGUUUGUUAAGUAAUAUUGUUAUUUUACCAAAUCGUAAAGAAAUUGGGACUAUAAUAAAUGAAGAAAUGAGACGUAAAACUUUGGACCAAAGUUGGUUAAGUAAUGGCGAUAUUUCAUUAAAUGGUAAAGAAAGUGGGGCUAUAAUUACUGAAGAGAUGAGACGCAGGUCAGUAGAUCACAUAGAAACAGAAAAUGAUAAUAACUUGCAUGGUACCAAUGAAAUAAAUGGUAACUUCAUCGGUCAAACUUCUCAAAAGACAGAUGAAACUGAUAAAAGUGAAUAUAAUGAAAAUGAGAACAAUUCUACUGAGCACAAUGGACAUGAAUCUUUCUCUAAAACUAGUAAUGAAGAACUGGAAAGUCAGGUAUUUCACCUUGACCCGCAACCAACUGCCGAAAACCAAAAGGAUAGCAACUGUUCCGUUAAAAUUGAAACAGAGCCAUGUAGUAUAUCAAUAGAGGACAAGACUUCAUUGAUAGAGGACAAGAAUUUAUCUUCCUCAAAUUCAAUAGACAUAGAUGACACUGCUGACAGUUGUAGUGACUGUCAGAAAAACCAGGAGACAAGCAGCCAUGAAGGUCAAGGUCAGACUGAAGAGGAACUCACACAACAAAUACAGACACUUCAGAUACAGCUGAAAGAAUGUCAGGAUUUUACAAAAAGAAGAAAAAUCAGAGGCAGAAUCAGGAAGCUGAGAGAACAGAUUGCAGCAUUUGAGUUACGAAGGAAACCAGUGGUUCAUCAAUUUGUUGAUAGCUGUUUGAGGAUAAAUGGUGUCAAAAGGGACAUAACUCUAGAUUGUACAGCUCAACAAGAUUACAGCGGAGUUGACAGUAAAGACGAAUUAAGAAAAUUGCUUACACAGACCAAUGAUUACGAAGAGAAGAAGCAGAUUCGAUUAGCAUUACGACAGCUGCGACAAAGAGAUAGAGAGAGAGAAGGUGGAAAUAGAAGUGGACCUACAACAAGUCUGACUAGAAGCCAGAGUGCCAAGGAUUUUAACGGGGGUGAUCACCCGCCAAAUCACACAAAUCACCCUCGUAUUGGAAGGUGUACUAGUGUUAUAGACAGACCUAAGGAAUCUGGAAGUGAAAUAGAGCAAAGAGUGCCGUUACCAAAUGGAUAUUGUAAUGGAAUUCAAAAUGGCCAAUGUGAAAAAAGUGUUCAUGUAUUUCAUGAUUCAGGACAGUUAGGAAGUUUGAACAGUAGUAGUGGUGAAAAUCAUAUAACAAAACAUUCAGAAGACAUAGAUGAUAAUUCACCACCUUCUUCUCCUCUUAGACGUUCUUUUUCACUGAAUUCACUACGGAGAAAGAGAAGUGAAAAAGACACAUCUCCGAACAGUUCAACUUGCUAUAGUGUUCAUUCAGAUUCGCCAGUCAAUUCAUCAUCUUCGUCAGAAUUUUCUGAACAUUCCAAACACACUUCACAGCAUUCCAUAGACAUUUCAGACCAUUCUGAAAUAAAAAAUAACUCAGUCAGUUUUUCAGAGAAUUGUAAAGAUAAUCAUGUUAUAAAUGACAAAAAUAAUUCUAAAAACAACGAUGCUGUAAGACGGAAAAGUGUUCCUGCUAGUGCCAAACAUUUCAAAGAUUCAGAUAAAUCUGGGUCAGAGUCUGAUAGUAGUUCAUGUCGUGAUUGGCUAGAAAAGAAAAGACGAAAUAGUUUAACUGUCAUUGAUACAAAAAAGUUAAAUUCAACCAUGGAUAUCGAAGCAGCAUUCUCAGAAAUUUUAAACGCUGUGGACACUGAGGAAGAAAACAAUAAUGAAGAUUCACCAGAACUUGAAAUCAUGGAGGUUGAUGGUUUAGAAAAAAUAAAUAUCAAAACUCCAAGAAUUACAAAUGAAAAAUUAUUAACGUCUACUGUGGAUAUAAACUUCAAUUACAGUGAGGAAAAACCAGUUUCCAAAACCAACAAUGAUGGAAAUAGUCAGGAGAAAGAAAAAGAGGAAGCUAUCACAGAAGAAAUAGUCACUCCAGUAAUACAGUCCCCAGACCUUCAGAUUACUCCAGUGAAGAAAGACCGCCCUGUGUUCUCAUUAGCGCCUGUCACACCGCUCAACGAUUCCUUGUCUGUUAUAGAGGAUGACGAUGGCUCCAUCACAGUACAGAGUGUCUCGUACAAAGACCAGGGAGACUGUCUGGUGACAGAGAAAACAACGCUACGGAGGUCACAAAGUAGGACUGAGGAGGAAGAAAAGGAUACAGUUAUUGAAUCUAAGGUUACUUCCCCUGGUGGAAGCGACCAUUUUGAAAAAGAUGUCAUCAAAACAAAAAGAAAGCUGACAUCACGUGGUUCUGACUAUUUCUCAAGAAGUCAGUAUAAAUCUAAAUGGUUGAGAAAUAAAGAAGGAGAGACAAUUGAGGAACACGACGUGACAGUUGAAUCAGACAAUUUUUCUGUCACCAAAGGUCAAUCCUGGGGUGAAAAGUCAGAAGCCACAGUACAGCUGAAUAAACCAACCAUAACCAGUGUUACAAGGGAGAUUCAGGAACCAACCAAUCAUGAUUCAGGAGACAAUAGGUUACUGGUUCCUGGCAGAAUGGAUGUUUCCAAGGCUAGUAGUGGAUAUGGUAGUGUGUCAGGGUCAGAUGAAGAAGAGAAGGAAGAGGCUGUUGCCACGGCAAUGCAAGGAAAGUCAUCAGAAAUACGAUCUUUGCUGCUUGGUUUAUAUGCUGUAGAAGAAGAUGAGUGUAACCUGUGUUCCCAACCCCUUGAUAACCCCAUUUCACCAUCGACAGGAUGGAGAAUUAGUUCACCAGAAAUAAAAGCAACUUUAAAAGACUUGGUGACACUAGAGGGCAGUAAUGCGGUCCUGGAAUGUAUCGUCACAUGUUCCCCAUCCCCUGAUAUCACAUGGUACAAGGGAGAUAAAUCUGUGACAAACAAUCGGCAUUAUGAAGCCAAGUAUGACAAUAUAUCUGGGCGAGCGACAUUGACAGUGUUGGGUGCUAAGAAGGAGGACACUGGACCUUAUAAAUGUACAUUGAGGAACCCACUGGGUGAAGCUGAGACAAAGGCAGCCCUUACAGUUAGAAGUCGAGCAAAGAAAAAGCCACAAUUUACGAAACCGUUAACUAAUAAGGUAGCUACGGAAGGACAUUCAGUGUGUUUAGAAUGUUCUGUCAAUGAUGCUACACAAAUUGCAUGGUAUAAAGACGGAAUUAUUCAAAGAAACACUUCAGACUUCAAACAGACUUUCGAUGGAUUAAUCGCAAAAUUAGAUAUUGAGGAGAUAUUUGUUGACGAUCAUGGUGAAUACUCUUGUGUUGCUAAGAACGAUUUCGGUGAAAAUAGAACAUCCUGUAAAAUAAUCGUCAAAGAAACUGCUUGUGAAACUGAUGUUGUACCUAUGUUUCUUACAAAACCUGAGAGUAAAAUACAUGAAUGUAGUGAUACUGUUACCCUCCAGUGUGAUGUUAUAGGAUCACCUCAGCCAACCAUCAGAUGGACCAGGGACCAGCAGACUGUUGUCAUUGACAACCACCAUAAGCAGACAUUUGAUGGCAGAACUGCUGUCCUGCUCAUCACCAAGGCAACCAGUGAGGAUUCUGGGAAAUAUGAAUGUAUUGCUGAAAAUACCUCAGGAAAGUCUUCUGUUGAUGGUCUUAUUGUUGUUAAAGCAAAACAGGCUACGCCAGAAAUACUGAGUCCCCUUUCAGAUGAGACUGCUAUUUGUGGAAAAUCUCUUACGUUAAAAUGUGACGUGACUGGUAACCCUUCGCCCAUGAUUGUGUGGAGGAAGGAUAACCGUAUUAUCGGGAACACAAAAGAUUUCCGCCAAACAUACCAGGAUGUGACGGCAAAGUUACAAAUAAGUGACAUCCACAAGGAAGAUUCUGGGUGUUAUGAAUGUGUGGCUCGUAAUGUUCAUGGUGCUAUUACUACUAAAUGUGCUGUAGUUGUCGAGGGAAGUAACUCAGGAUCUGUUGGUGCUGAAGAUAAAAGUAAAACCCAAUUUGAUUGGUUGGUUGGAAGGGAUAAACAGAAGGAACCAUCAAUCAAAAGAAGUGAAAGUAUGAAAAUUUCAUCGAACUACUCAUUAAGGGACAAAUACCGUAAAGCUACCCAACCAGAUGAUGCAAUUAAAGAAACAACAAAUGAAACUCCAAAUAAAGUUACAGUUAUUACGGAAGCAAUUGUUGUGAAAAAUGACACUGACAAUAAAGUUGACAUUAACAUGAAUAAAACAAAAUUUGAAGAUCCUUUAAAACAAAAAGCAGCAAUUGCACGUUCAAAAGGGUCAGAGGACCCACCAUGGAAAAAUAUGACUUUAAGAAGAACUGAGAGUGCAAGAGCCCCUGUUGGCAGAAGGGAAUCCCCAUUUCUUCGUAAGAGAAAGGAAGAACUAGCUGGUAAGUUAGAAGCUGGAUCUUCUCCUCAGAACAAUGAAGAUCCUUCAAAACUGGCAACCAAACCUCCAGGCUGGAGACCAGUCAUUGGUGAUAAAAAGGAACCAGAUCCUCCUAAAGAGACUGAAGUUUUGUCAUCGUUGAGAAAGGUCAAUCUGAGAAGGUGUGAUAGUGCUAGAAGUUUGAGGGAUGAAAUUAAACAAACAGGCAGCAAUAUUAGUGCUAGUGCCACCCAACAUGAUGGUGGCAGCAGGACAGACAAUUUUAGUGCUGACAAGAAAACAGAUAAUGAAACUCCCAAACUAGGUCAAACAAGUAGUACACGAUUGCUGUUUGAAAGAAAAGUAGAAUCGGAUCAACCCAAAGACACAGAACUAACAAAAUUUCUCAAUCGACCUGGUAGUGGACUUCGUCGGACAUCAAGUCUUAAAAUAACACGAGACGAAAGAGAUGCAGGUACACGACCAGUAGUACAUUCCAGAAUCAAUGGUGGACUUGACCUUGAACAAUCAAAGGGUGAAAAAUCCACCUCAAACAGAUUUUUAAAUAAAGAAGGAGACCAAAACACAAGGACCAUGCCUACCUACGACAACAUUGACGAUGAGGAUGAGCUCCACAAAAUACUCAGUAAAACAGAUGAUUUUGAUGAGAGAAAAAAGAUAAGAAACAGGAUGAGAGAAAUCCGAGAGAAAAAAUCAAAGGAAAUGGAGGUUAAGAGAUUGCAACGAGAAAAAGACACAGAAGAUAUAUUUAAAAGAAAAUUUGCUGCCGCAGAAGCAGAUCAGAAAAGGCAGGUGGCGGCAUUUGAGAUAGCAGCAAAGGAAACAAAAGAAGAACGAGAAAAAAUUAUGAAUAUUAAAGAUGAUUUGAUAAAAGAACAUUUAAGAGAGUCAGAAGAAGCUAAAAAGAAACAACUGGCGGCAUUCGAUAGAAUCGCUAAUAAGGGAUCAGCUGGCACGGUAUCAUCACAGGCAGGAUUUGGUGGUCAAUCUUUCACGAAAACACCAGAGCAAGCAGCCAAAUUUUUGAGCGACAAGCUAAUAAAUAAUGGUACUCCAGUUAUAGGAGGUAAAAUAACUGUACGCACAGAAUCCUGGAACAGUCAAGAUGGUGUCACAAAUAAAUCAGAGAAAACCGAGAGUUGGGGAGCUCAACCAGCUGGUGCUAAGGGGGCCAUGGACAAGUUUAAGUCAAUGGAACCAGCCGGAGCUGGUGGUGCUAAACCAAAUUUUAUGGCCGCUGGUAGAGGAGGCCGCGGUGGAGGCCGAGGUGGGGGGACAGCAGUUAGACGUAGUCCAAGUGCAAUAAAAGAAAUGCUCCUGAAUUGGACUAAAGCCAUGACGGCUGGUUAUGAGAAUGUGGAGGUCACAAAUUUCUCCUCAUCAUGGAACAAUGGUAUGGCUUUCUGUGCGCUGAUUCACCAUUUUUACCCAGAAUCCUUUGAAUGGUCGAGAUUAGACCCUAAAAAGAGACGAGCAAACUUUACAUUGGCGUUUAAUAUAGCAGAGAAAUUUGCCGAUAUUGCUCCAUUAUUAGAUGUUGAUGACAUGGUCAAAAUGCAGAAACCUGAUUGGAAAUGUGUGUUUACAUAUGUACAGAGCUUCUACCGAAAACUCAACGAUCAUCCUAGAAAUGCUGUCGCACAAAAAGAGCAAUAAAUAAACUGUAAUUUGGAUUCAGUAAAUCAACUAUCAUGAA